ACGAAACCUCAGCAGGGGAACAAGCAAGCGAGAGUGUGCGAGCUAGCCACUGUGACUGUGCGGCGAGCGCACGAGGAGGACGUACGCGAGGAGCUGGUGAUGAUGGUCGCCGCGGUGCGCGCUCCUCCGGCGCUCGCAAAGCCGCCGAGGCCGCACGCAUCGCCGCCGCCGGGGCACGCGAUGCUGGAGCUGUCCCCCGCGGCGGCGGCGGGCGGGGAGGACCAGGGGUUUUCGGACAUGGAGACGGCGUCGUCGACGGGGGCGCCCAACUCGAGCCUCAGCUUGGCCAGCAGCGCCGGCAGCCUCCCGCGGUCUUCCAGCCUUUCCCGCCUCUCCUUCGGCUGCUCCCCCUCCGCGGCCCUGGCAGCGGCGUCCCCGUGUUCGCCGCCUCAGGUGGCGGCGUUACGGCCGCACCGGUCGGGCGACGUGGCGUGGGCGGCCAUCCGCGCCGCGUCGACGUCCUCCGCGGCGCCGCUCGGGCCGAGGGACUUCAAGCUGGUGCGCCGCAUCGGCGGCGGCGACAUCGGGACGGUGUACCUGUGCCGGCUCCGGGCCGGGUCGUCGUCGGCAACGCCGGAAGGGAGGGAAAGACCGUGCCUUUACGCGAUGAAGGUGGUGGACCGGCGGGCGGUGGCCAAGAAGAAGAAGCUGGAGCGCGCGGCGGCGGAGAAGCGCAUCCUUCGGGUGCUGGACCACCCCUUCCUCCCCACGCUCUUUGCCGACUUCGACGCCGCGCCGCACUUCUCCUGCGUCGUCAUGGAGUUCUGCCCCGGCGGCGACCUCCACUCCCUCCGCCACCGCAUGCCCUCCCGCCGCUUCCCCCUCCGCUCCGCUCGGUUCUACGCGGCGGAGGUUCUUUUGGCGCUGGAGUACCUGCACAUGAUGGGCAUCGUGUACCGGGACCUCAAGCCGGAGAACGUGCUCAUCCGUGCGGACGGCCACAUCAUGCUCACCGACUUCGACCUAUCGCUCGAGUCCACCUCCUCGCCGUCGCUCGAGGAGGCCGCUGCCGCUGAAAAGGCAGGGGAGAACGAGCCGGACACGGCCACCGUGUCGUGCUUCCCGGACCACCUUCUUCGGUUCAAGCGCCGGCGGAGGCGUCGCAACACCAUGGCGCCGGCGGCGCAACCGCGGUUCGUGGCGGAGCCUGUGGACGCGCGUUCGUGCUCGUUCGUGGGGACGCACGAGUACGUGGCCCCCGAGGUCGCGAGCGGGGCCCCCCACGGCGCCGCCGUGGACUGGUGGGCCUACGGCGUGUUCCUCUACGAGCUCCUCCACGGGCGCACCCCGUUCGCGGGCGCCGACAACGAGUCCACGCUCCGCAACAUCGUGCGCCGCCCGCUCGCCUUCCCCCCGGGGUCGGGCUCCUGCGGCCCCGCCGACGCCGCGGCGCGCGACCUCAUCGUCCGCCUCCUCGCCAAGGACCCCGCCGCGCGCCUGGGCUCCCGCCGCGGCGCCGCCGACGUCAAGUCCCACCCAUUCUUCAAGAGCCUCAACUUCGCGCUCCUCCGCUCCUCCCGCCCCCCCGUCGUCCCCGGGUCGUUGCCCCUGCACCGCUCUCAAUCCUGCAAGGCCGCGCCCGCGGCUGUGACCCCCAAGAAGCCGGACGCCCGCUUCGUCCUCUUCUGAUCGUCGCCAAUGCAGGUCCGGCCGGGACGCCAUGCAUCGCCAUGUACAGAGACAGUGUUCAAUCCAAUCAGCCAGUAGUAAAAUGAAUCCACCUGGAUGUCGUCAGUCUAAUUGAACCUGCAAGUUCAACCCAUGGUGCUUAA